UCCUCACCAACGCACGGUUGGCUAAAAUGAGCAUUUGCAAGUUACUUGUGUCACUUCUUCUGUCUGUGUGUGGUCACGCACUGUCCACCAGUGCUUGGUCCGUGAAUAAUUUCCUCAUGACUGGUCCUAAGGCUUACUUGACUUAUGCAAGCAGCGUUCAGGUGGGCGCGCGCAAAGGCAUAGAGGAAUGUAAGCAUCAGUUCGCCUGGGACAGGUGGAACUGCCCAGAGAGCGCGCUGCAGCUCUCCACGCACAGCGGAGCGAGAAGGGGCACGAGAGAGGCUGCGUUCGUGCACGCCAUCAGUGCAGCGGGGGUGAUGCACGCCCUAACUAAGAACUGCAGCAUGGGGGAGCUGAGUCAAUGUGGAUGCGACGACUCCAAUGUUGGCAAAAUGGGCGGACGCGGCUGGAUGUGGGGCGGGUGCAGCGACAAUGUGGACUUUGGAGAGAACAUCUCAAAGCAGUUCGUUGAUGCACUGGAAAACGGUCAUGAUGCACGAGCUGCAGUAAACCUUCACAAUAAUGAAGCCGGUCGACUCGCUGUGCGGGCGACUAUGAAGCGCGCGUGCAAGUGCCACGGUGUGUCGGGAAGCUGUAACAUGCAAACCUGUUGGAUGCAGCUCGCGGAGUUCCGAGAUGUGGGGAACUACCUAAAGGUGAAGCAUGACCAGGCGCAGAUGCUCGAAAUGGACAAGAGGCGCGUGCGAGCCGGCAACAGCGCUGACAAUCGUGGUGCGCUAGCGGACGCAUUCAGUAGCAUCGCGCGCACUGAACUCAUCUAUCUUGAGGAUUCUCCCGACUACUGCGCGCGAAACCUGAGCCUGGGGCUGCAUGGUACCGAGGGGCGCGAGUGCUUGCAGAACAGUGACAGUCUUUCCCAGUGGGAGCGACGCAGCUGCCGACGCCUCUGCCACGAGUGCGGACUGCGCGUGGAGCAGCGGCGCGUGGAGACCUCAAGCAGCUGCAACUGCAAGUUCAACUGGUGUUGCACCGUCACGUGCGACACCUGCACUCAGGUGGUAACCAAAUAUUACUGUGCGAAACGCAACAAAGGCCGUAGGUCAAAGAAUGGCACGAGGCGGAGACAACACACGCGCAAAAACUGAGCCGAUGAACUCGGUGUGAAAAGACUUUAGAGUUCUGUGAACUCGCAAUUAAAUGAAAUGUAUUUAAUUUUAUGUAAUUUAUUGCUUGCAUAACACAGCUGAGUUUGGUUAAUGUGGCAGUAGCAGUUGCUUCGUGCUUUGAGCACUGGUUUUUAGCACAUCAUCUCACAUACACACUUGUUCAUCUCACGGGCGUCAGCGAGCACACAGGUUAUUUUGCUCAAUUGCCAAAGCUGUGUUUUAUUUCCUCUCAUUCAACCAAAUAUAUAUUACCUUAUCAAAUAAUAAUGUUCCAAAAUAAAAGAAUAACUGUA